AUGGAUGUGGAUCAAUGGGUGGAGUUGGUGAAGGAUUGCAAGUAUCUGCCAGAGAAUGAGCUCAAGGCAUUGUGCUCCAAGGUGUCGGAAAUUUUGCUCGAGGAAGGCACGGUGCAAACCGUCUCCAGUCCCGUGACCGUUUGCGGCGACAUUCACGGCCAGUUUUAUGAUCUCGAAGAGCUCUUCCGGCACGGUGGUCAGGUGCCCGACACCACCUACAUUUUCAUGGGUGAUUUUGUCGACCGUGGCCACUACAGCCUCGAAACCUUCACCCGCCUUCUCACCCUCAAAGCCAAGUACCCGGACCGCAUGGUGCUCUUGCGCGGUAACCACGAGACGCGCCAAAUUACCCAGGCCUACGGCUUUUACGACGAGUGUCUGCAAAAGUAUGGCAACUCCAACGCUUGGAAGUAUUGCACCGAAGUCUUUGACCUCCUCUCCGUUGCAGCCCUCAUCGACGAUCAGAUCCUUUGCGUGCACGGUGGUCUUUCCCCCGAUGUUCCCACCGUCGAUCAGAUUCGUACGAUUGAGCGCUGCCAGGAAAUUCCACACGAAGGCGCCUUUUGUGAUCUAGUCUGGUCGGAUCCCGAUGAGAUUGAAACCUGGCUCGUCAGUCCUCGCGGUGCUGGCUACCUCUUCGGCAGCAAGGUCGUCUCUGAAUUUUGCAACAUCAACAGCCUCAAACUCAUUUGCCGUGCCCAUCAACUCGUCCAAGAGGGCCUUCAAUAUCACUUUGAGAAUAACGCGCUGGCCACCGUCUGGUCUGCCCCCAACUACUGCUAUCGUUGCGGCAACGUUGCCUCCAUCCUCGAGAUCAACGAAAAGCUGGAGCAACACCCAAUCUUCUUCGAAGCCGUGCCAGAGGAGAAGCGCAACGUGCCCGCUGCACGUACGACCCCGUACUUUCUAUAGAUAGACUACCCUGUCGCCCAGUCCAUUCCGUGUGCUGGGGCAAGGCCCGACUUGCUUCAAAUGACCAUGCAACAUAUUGAAACCCCAUCGGCGCGGCACCGUUCCUCUCUCCCCCCUUUUUUUUCUUUUCUUCUGUGCCAUGUUUUGUUGUUUGUGACUUUUUUUCCAUAUGUGUGUGAGAUGGCGUGCCGUUGUACCUUUUGAUUUUCCAAGAUUCAGAUUGGUUCUGCAGCCCCGCUUGCCCAACGCCAACUCGAGCUUGACUUGCAUCGCCUUCUUUUUUGUUUUGUUUAAAAUGAUCUUUCCACGAGAAGCAUGGGGAUCCACCUGAACCUUGAAUUGCAGCCAGCUGCCUUGU